ACGCGGCAUGGCGCUGCGGCGGGGCGGCGGCGGGGCGCCGGGACGGCUGCUCUUGCUGCUGGGAGCCGCGUGCCUGAUCCCGCCGAGCGCGCAGGUGAGGCGGCUGGCGCGCUGCCCCGCCACUUGCAGCUGUACCAAGGAGUCCAUCAUCUGCGUGGGCUCCUCCUGGGUGCCCAGGAUCGUGCCGGGCGACAUCAGCUCCCUGAGCCUGGUAAAUGGAACGUUCUCGGAAAUCAAGGACCGAAUGUUUUCUCAUCUGCCUUCCCUGCAGCUGCUAUUGCUGAAUUCUAACUCAUUCACAGUCAUCCGGGAUGAUGCUUUUGCUGGACUGUUUCAUCUUGAAUACCUGUUCAUUGAAGGGAACAAAAUAGAAACGAUUUCAAGAAACGCCUUCCGUGGCCUUCGUGACCUGACUCACCUUUCUUUGGCCAAUAAUCACAUAAAAGCACUCCCGAGGGAUGUCUUCAGUGAUUUAGACUCUCUGAUUGAACUAGAUUUAAGGGGCAAUAACUUUGAAUGUGACUGCAAAGCCAAGUGGUUGUAUCUGUGGUUGAAGAUGACAAAUUCCACUGUUUCUGAUGUCCUGUGUAUCGGUCCACCAGAAUAUCAGGAAAAGAAGCUGAAUGACGUGACCAGCUUUGACUACGAAUGCACAACUACAGAUUUUGUUGUUCAUCAGACUCUGCCCUACCAGUCGGUUUCAGUGGAUACGUUCAACUCCAAGAAUGAUGUGUACGUGGCCAUCGCUCAGCCCAGCAUGGAGAACUGCAUGGUGCUGGAGUGGGACCACAUCGAAAUGAAUUUCCGGAGCUAUGACAAUAUUACAGGUCAGUCCAUCGUGGGCUGUAAGGCCAUCCUCAUCGACGACCAGGUCUUUGUGGUGGUGGCCCAGCUCUUCGGCGGCUCCCACAUUUACAGAUACGACGAGAGCUGGACCAAGUUUGUCAAAUUCCAGGACAUAGAAGUCUCUCGCAUUUCCAAGCCCAACGACAUCGAGCUGUUUCAGAUCGAGGACGAGACGUUCUUUGUCAUCGCAGACAGCUCCAAAGCCGGUCUGUCAACCGUGUAUAAAUGGAACAGCAAAGGAUUCUACUCGUACCAGUCUCUGCAUGAGUGGUUCAGGGACACGGAUGCCGAGUUUGUUGAAAUAGACGGCAAAUCACACCUGAUCCUCUCCAGCCGCUCCCAGGUCCCCAUCAUCCUCCAGUGGAAUAAAAGCUCUAAGAAGUUUGUCCCCCACAGCGACAUCCCCAACAUGGAGGAUGUGCUGGCCGUGAAGAGCUUCAGGAUGCAGAACGCCCUCUACCUUUCCCUCACCCGCUUCAUCGGGGACUCGAGGGUCAUGAGGUGGAAUAGUAAGCAGUUUGUGGAGGUCCAGGCUCUCCCAUCCCGGGGGGCCAUGACCCUGCAGCCCUUUUCUUUUAAAGAGAAUCACUACCUGGCCCUGGGGAGUGACUAUACGUUCUCCCAGAUAUACCAGUGGGAUAAAGAGAAGCAGCUCUUCAAAAAAUUUAAGGAGAUAUAUGUGCAGGCGCCUCGUUCCUUCACAGCCGUCUCCACUGACAGGAGAGAUUUCUUUUUUGCAUCCAGUUUCAAAGGGAAAACAAAGAUUUUUGAACACAUAGUUGUUGACUUAAGUUUGUGAAGGUGUGAUUGGUGAAUUUAAAAGACGUGUAGCUUUAGCUGUCACAGGAGAGGACCAAGGGGAAAAAAGAAUCCAGGUUCACAGGUCUGAAAUUACAAAUGCACUGGGGAAAUAGUUAGAAGUUUUCAAACUUUUAGAACUCAUAUUUUAAUCAGGGAUUGCAUUUAUUGGCUAACUGCAUGACAUGUCCAUUCUCCCACUUAAAAACACAUCUGAAAGCCUGUAAUUACUGAGAAAACAGUACAACGUUAAGUCUUACCAUCUAAGGAAACAAUGCGCCUUUUUUUCUUUUUAAUGAGGAAGGAGAAAAUCGGAUAAGAUGGGACAGCUCUUAUAAUGAAAUAAAAACAAAAAAAAGACCAAACACACUAUGGGCCCUUCUCGUUCCAUUUUAGCAAUCUAGUGGGUAAGAACUCUUAAAGCCAAAGUCAGCUGAAAAGAUUUGCUGAUGAUUAGUUUAAAAAUCUGAUAACACUCAGCAAUGCUAUUUUGAGCCUUCCCUGUUUCCUGAAUCCCCCCUAAUAGCAGAGCCUUGACUGUUUCAUUGGCUCAUAUAGAUGGAUGUUCAUCACGGGUGUGUUAACAAAAUAACGUUUAGCAUUGCUUCCUCUGCUACAGAAAAAAUAUUCUGCUGACACAUGUAUUGGUCCAUCACAGGCUGUGGACCCAGGAGUGAGACAAAGAAGUUUCCCCCUCUUCUUGGGGUUCAGAGAUGACCCGCAUGGUGGCCAGAGCAAUUGUGCUUGUUUGAUGCUCUCCAUGACUCAUCUGCUUCUCUGGACCCAUCCUUCGAGUUUGUGGGUAACCAGCAGACAGGCCAAAGACUGAAUGGUGCUUUUUAUUCUGUCCUUUAGAGCAAUAGAACAGGUAUUUUCAUCUGUUGAGCAUUUGGUAGAAUUUUUGAAGUAAGGCUUUGUGGAGUCAGAGAGGGCUUUUUUAUACAAGUCUUGAUGUUCUUUGAAACCUAGAGAUGAUUCUGUGAUGGAUGGAAUGUCCUAUAAAUAUCAAUUAAGUUCAUCUCGUUUAAUGUACCAUCUAAAGCUUGUGUCUCCUUAUUUAUUUUCAUUUUGGAUGAUCUGUCUGUUGGUGAAAGUGGGGUGUGAAAGUCCCCUACUAUGAUUGUGUUGCUGUCGAUUUCCCCUUUUAUGGCUGUUAGCAUUUGCCUUAUGUAUUGAGGUGCUCCUAUGUUGGGUGCAUAAAUAUUUACAAUUGUUAUAUCUUCUUCUUGGAUCGAUCCCUUGAUCAUUAUGUAGUGUCCUUCUCUGUCUCUUCUAAUAGUCUUUAUUUUAAAGUCUAUUUUGCCUGAUAUGAGAAUUGCUACUCCAGCUUUCUUUUGGUUUCCAUUUGCAUGGAUAUCUUUUACCAUCCCCUCACUUUCAGUCUGUAUGUGUCUCUAGGUCUGAAGUGGGCCUCUUGUAGACAGCAAAUAUAUGGGUCUUGUUUUUGUAUCUAUUCAGCCAGUCUGUGUCUUUUGGUGGGAGCAUUAGUCCGUUUACAUUUAAGGUAAUUAUCGAUAUGUAUGUUCCUAUUCCCAUUUUCUUAAUUGUUUUGGGUUUGUUAUUGUAGGUCUUUUCCUUCUCUUGUGUUUCUUGCCUAGAGGAUGAUUCUGUGAUGGAUGCAUGUCUUUGUCCUCUGGGCAACUUAAUAUUUCAAGUAACUGAAUACCAGCCUACCUACCUGCCCAUCUGCCUACCCGCCUACUCAAGUCACAGUCCUGCUUUGUCGACUUGCUUAUAUUGCUGCUGCCACUCCAGUCCUUCUGAAGGUGCUGUGGCACCAAAUUGCAGAACCCCGGGUAUUCGUGAUGGCAAUGCCCCUUCCUCUCCCAGCACGUUUGCAGAGGAAACCCAUGCCCUUACACAGGGUGACGUGCUGGCAGGGGCUCAUCCGGUACAGGCUGGGGCUGGGGGUGGGAAGGGUCUCAGGUUGAUCCAGAGGGACCAGAUUUGGAGCCAGACAUACUGAACCCCGGUCCACACGCAGGGGACAAGAUGGCCUCUCUGGUGUGGCCCAUUUAGGAAGCUCAUGGGGUCUGGUUUUGUGGAAGUUUCCAGGUAGAUAGUCUGCCUGGUUAGCUGGUUCUCUCCGGAGAAUAUGAAAUGAGUGCUUUCAAGAGUGGCUCUCAAAGAGAAACCCAACAAGUUCUCUUGUGGCUGUGAAAGUAGCACAGUCACCUUGUAUUGUAUUGCUCUUUUUGUUUGUUUGUUUGUUUUGUUUUGUUUAUUUAUCUUUGGCUGUGUUGGGUCUUCGUUGCUGCGCACAGGCUUUCUCUAGUUGCGGCGAGCGGGGGCUACUCUUUGUUGUGGUGCACGGGCUUCUCACUGCGGGGGCUUCUCACUGCGGUGGCUUCUCUUGUUGUGGAGCACGGGCUCUAGGUGCACGGGCUGCAGUAGUUGUAGCUCGUGGACUCUAGAGCGCAGGCUCAGUAGUUGUGGCGCACGGGCUUAGUUGCUCCAUGGCAUGUGGGAUCUUCCCGGACCAGGGCUUGAACCCGUGUCCCCUGCAUUGGCAGGCAGAUUCUUAUCCACUGCGCCACGAGGGAAGCCCUGUAUUGCUGUUUUUUAAUGAUUGUUUGCCGAGUCAUGAGUAGGUAGAUGUUUUGUCACAAAUAUGGAUGUGUUUGCUGUUUCCAGACUUUGAGCAGUGCAGAUGGAGGCAAUAAACAGCACUUAGAGAACGAUGUGGCCAUGUCACAGCAGCGCUCUUGGGAACGUUGUGGGACUGCAGGCUCAGGGCUUCCAGCCGAACUAAUUCACCCACACAUAGUAGCGCUGCUGCUUGAAACUUUCCUACUAACCAUGGAGCAAACAAGAAAAAAGUGGUUUGUUUUCAUUUUUAAGCACAAAUCACUCUUUCUUCCAUGUUCUUUUGCCUUCCUGGUUUAUUUGCAUUGACUAGAAAUACCCAGAUCCUCACAUCGGAGGCUGAUCUGCCUUUCCUCUGACUGUCAAGACGGGCAAGCUAUGCUUUCUGGCGCACGGAGCCCCUCAGGCAACAAGCCUGGGUGGAAAAAUGCGCACUUGGCAAGGAGUGUAAGAGACAUUCAGAUUGUCCUAGCACUCGUGCCGGGUUGAAACGUAGAGGAGACAGCAGGAGCAUCUUUUCUCAGUGCUGCCUCCAUGCAGCAGUGACCGCCUUCCCAGCCUUUACCUCUGAGGGCGGAGUUAGGGGCCGCCCUCUGCACUCACCAUGCUGGGAACCGUGGCCUGGAAUCUGGAAAACCAGGGAGCAAAGGGGGCGGGACUGGGAGUGGGGGGACUUGCUAAGUCCAG